ACAUGGCAAUACUGUACAUGAUUGGUGUUGUUCGUUGCCUUGUAAUCAUGGUGAUUGAUUCGGUCUGCCUCAAAUAAGCAAAAAACUACAGUUUCUUUUGACGAUGUAGAAAAAUCGGUGUAAACGAGAAGUCAAGAAGAGUUUUUUAUCUACUAAAACGUUGAAAUAAAUGUUAUACUUUACCGUUAACAACAUAUUUAGUGUUAACAGAAGUGAUAAGAAGGACGAUAAGAGAUUGUGAAGUGCUUAAAUUGUGUGAAAAUAAUUUCAUAUAACCCAAUAACUAUGUGUAAUGUACCACCUAAGUUCUUUCAAGUUUGUCGUUUAUGCCUUACUUUGGUCAAAGAGCAUGACGUUGAGGUGCUGCAAAUAUUUAAUUCAUCAUCAACAGCAGCUACAGCUACAGCUACGACAACAGUGUCGUUUGGCUCUGAAAACCAAUCAAACAAAGCCUCUGCAAAUACCCUCGACCAACAGUUUCACCAUCAUUAUAAUCUCCAUCCUCAACAAUUCGGGAGGCCACAGAGCAGUUGCAACACAAAAAAUGAUUGUACCUCUGAUAACCUAUCUCAUUCCCCUGCAUCAGUUUUCAAGAGUGAGGAAGAGAUACCAGAUAAUAAUCUAAGUACACUUGUGCCGAUUGUGCCUUCUUCCAUUGCUGUAUCUGAAACUUCUACAUAUGGAAUCAGUCAAUUGAUGUCCAAAUCAUUGGAAAAUAACGAAGCGGGGGGCUUUUCAACGUCUAAUCCACAAAUACAUGCAAAAAAUGCCACACAUGUGAAAUGUAAGAUUACAUUAUCCAAUGAUAACGAAGAAGGCAAAAGCAAUGAUGGCAUAUCUCUGGGAGAGGAGGUGUUCAAGAAGGAAAACCAUGAUGAUUCAUCACCACAUAUUACCAUUCAAAUACUCAGCUGUCUCUCUAUAAAGAUUUCACCAAAUGACGGUUUGCCCGCCAUUGUGUGCAACAACUGUAGAAAUAAAUUGAAAGCAUUUUGGAAUUUUCGAUUGAUGGCUCAAAAAUCGGAGUUUACGUUAAAAGAAUUAACGAAAUUUUCAAAACAGAAUUCCUUGGAAAGUGACACUCGUCUCACAAGCAUUUCAAAAUCACCACCUUGCGGAAAGUCUUCUUCGGAAACAAUGGCAGCAAAGGCUUUAACCGAAUUAAGUAAAUCAUCUAAAAAUUAUUUUGGAAGUUAUAAACCCGUAAAUGCUACUGCCGAUAAUUAUGCUGAAGCUUGCACACUCGCACCAGCUGCAGCAGCUGUCACUAAAUCGCUUCAGAAAACGAAUAUAAACGAAAAUGAUGAUGACAUUUACAAUACAGCAUCCUGUUCUUCGAAAACUCCGCCCAUAAUGAGGAAGAAAUUGCGAGCGCUCUCUCCACUGCUAGCACCUCCGCCGCCGCCUCCACCCACAUUAUCAACAACAACAACAACCACAACAACGGAAGAUAUAUUAGAAAAUCGCACUGGUACAGAUUAUUAUCCCAAUGAUAAUCCAUUAAGCUAUGAUGGUAUCAUUUCGUCGCACACAAUUGCAAAUAAUUUGAUAAAUAUGAAAAGUGAAAGUUUGCCGAAUAUUGAGAAAAUUCGGCAUUUGCAACAAAAGCUAGAAACGGCUGCUGUGCUUAUGGAUAUUAGUAAAAAAGUGAUCAUAUCACCACCAUGCUCGAAUCGCCAGUCUCCAAAUCUACCUUCAAUGCAAACAACAGAUGAAAGUAUUAAAAAUUCUGUGAUAAAAAAUGAACGUCCAUCAAAUGAAAAGACAACAGUAACAUCAACAGUUACUACAACACUACAAGAUGGAAAGGAAAUAGACUUAUCAAUUAAAAAACCGAAACAAGAAUUCUCAAACACUCAACAAACAACAACAACCGUAUCUCAAUUACUUCAUUACACUCGUCCCACAAUACUCGAAUUACAGCAACAGCAACAACAACAACAAACACUUACACAACCUGUAAAUUUAGAUUUAGAAACUACAAGUAUUAUUAAAGGAGGAAUUGAAAAUACAAGUAUACCUUGCAGUAGUAACCAUUUACCAAUACCAAAUAAAAAGGAAACACCAGCAGCAUACACAGACUCCGAUGAGAGUUCCGAUUCGAAUCGUUUAGAGAUGGAUAUGAGUUCAAUGUUGAAUGAACGUAAAUCGCCGGACAGUAUAACAUCAGAAGAACAAGUAACGGACGUUGCGACCACACAAUUGUGGCAAGCGCUUGCCAGAUCAGCUGCAAAUAAUGAAAAUAAUCAGCUUCUCCGGCAUAUGAUACAUCAAUCGCUUGUAUAUCCCCCGCCGGCAACUGCAAUAUCCGCUGAGAAUGUACCUGAGGAACCAAUGGCAUUAUUAAAGAAUGAUAAUAUAAAUAAAUUAUGCCGAAGAAAGCAAACAUGUCCUACGAAAAAUGAUGCAAUCGAACAACUGCCCAAUGUUAUGGCUGUUAAUGCUCAAAAUCUCGAGCUUAAUGUCAGUACACAUAACCACGUGGCUGUUGCCGCCGCAGCUGCAGCGGCAGCUGCAUCAAUGCAAGAUAAAAAGAAUAACAAGAAUAUUAGCGCUGGCGCUGCCGGUAUAAUCAAUAACCCAAAGGAUAUGUCUUGCUCCAAUUGCGGCACACUUACUACGACUAUUUGGAGACGUAGUAUUCGAGGUGAAAUGGUAUGCAAUGCUUGUGGUCUAUACUUCAAAUUACAUGGUGUAAACAGACCGCAUUCGAUGAGGCGUGACACUAUACACACACGGCGGAGACGUCCGAAGGAGUGUGAAAAAUCGAAGAAGAAAAACAAACGCUCAAGUUCGCCUUCCGAAGUAUUAUGUAAAAUGCCCAUCUGUGGUACGAGUGGUGCAGGAGUUGAGCUUAAACAAAAUGUGUUCUUAACAGUUGAAAAUCCAGAGACAUCUGUUUUUGCCUUCACGAAAUACAAGCGACGCAUGGACGAGGAACAAGCGAAUAUGAUCAAAGAUGGUUUGCUAAAGAAAAAGAAACUACAGCAAGGUUCGAUUAAAGGGGAAUUCAAUCAGAUGGACGAUUUUUUAGUACCUCUUAAUCUUGUCUCCAGUGAAAAUAAUACUAAGUUAACAUAAAACGCCAAAUCAGAAAAAUCAAAUCAAAAUAACGAAGCAGAAAUUACAAAAAAGAAAAAAAAAACUAAUAAGUUACAACACAAAAAAAAAAGAACAAAUAGAAAAAGAAAAUAAAAG